AUGACGAUCCUGAACGACAUCAAGGCUAGCGGUGUGACGACAGACAACGCCGUUCUCAAUGCGACGCUGCUGGGCCUUUACAAAGCCGAGCGCUAUGCCGAGUCAGUCGACUUGCUCAACUACACGCGCAGGCGUAGUAGCGUGUCUCAGCAGAGCUUUGGUGUGGCUAUGCUGGCCAGUGCUCACUUGGGCGAUUUGCCCACGACGGUAUCGCUUAUGAAACAGAUGAUCGCGGAUGUGCGAGAGCGUCGACGCCAAGCUGUGCAUGCGACGGGGGUAGGUAGUGUACAGAGAGAUAUAGGGGUGCCCGGGGCAGAUACAGAUAGUCUGGCGGUGCAGGAGGAGCGGAUUGGUGCUGUGGAAGAGGGACUAACCUCAAGAGACUCAGACACCGUACUGCGAGAGGGGGGGGUGUGGGGGGAUGGUGUGGAUAUGGGAAGGAUGGGGUGUGACACCCAAUCAGUAGAGCAUAAGGACUUAGGUGCGGCGGUCGCGCGUACGGGUGGAGCGGAUGAGCCGGCGUUUGGUACUCGUAUCACCCGGCUGGGUAUAGAUGAACAGUUUCAGGGCGAAGACGAAGCUGUGCUUUUGGCCUGGGCCAUUGAGGACAGUCUCACAGAGGGUGUGGGUGCAUCCGGAGAGGAGAGACUGGACACGGUCAACGAGAAGAUCCUGGUGCAAACGGUCCGAAAGUUCAAGGACGAGGGCCAUGCGCUGAAGGCGUUGCAGUUCGUCUCCGAGGUGUAUGCGGCCAUGGCGGACCUGCGACAGGCGGAGAUGGAGCUACAGGCCAAAACAAGGGCAAAGACACAGACCAAAGCCCAUACAAAGACACAGACCAAAGCCCAUACAAAGACACAGACCACAGCCCAUACAAGUACACAGAUGGUGCAAGAGGGAGGCCUAGACCACCACCACCACACCCCUGCAUACGCGCACGCACCUCAUGCACUUAUGUCCUCGGAUGUGUACGCCGAGGCGUUGAGCGUGUGUGCUGCGUAUGACGGCUGUGCGGACGUGGCGGCUAACAUCGUCACUGCCAUGCGACAGUCGAUUGUGGUGGGACAGAGCCUGGACAAACAUGGACAGUACAUAGCUGCACUACGCUACGGUAUUACGUCUCUACUGAAAGACAAUCACGUGGACCAGGCACGAAGACUGAUAGAACGUUUGACAGAGGAUGAGAAGCAGUUGGUUGGCGGAGAGGCCUUCGCUAAAGUCAUACGCGCGUGCGAUGAGUCUGGACGGGUGCUGCAUGGCAGUUCGGUAUACUUUCAGUUUAAACAGCUACAAAACUCGCCGACACUUGAGGCGACUUUGCCAGGUUUGUCUGCGGCUGCCAUGUUCUGGUAUAGGGGAGAGUAUACGAAUGCGGCAAAGAUCGUUGAGGAGACGCUCAAGCCGUACCCCGCGGGCCAGGUCACUUUAGACUCUGAUGUACUGUUCAAUAGGAUACACUCGGACGCGCCCAAGGCUCAUGCGCUCUGUAAGUAG